GAGAGUCGAUGCCGGCAGCCGUGAUGAGUCUUGGGAGGUACUGGCUGCUCGGCGGUUCUGAGGAGCGGCUGCUGCUGGUGGCCUUUUUGCAGAUGUAUUGCUGUCACUGAACACUGGCCCAUUGGAAAGCACUAGAGAAGCUCAGCCAUCAGUAUGUCCAAGUACAAACUGAUUAUGUUAAGACAUGGAGCGGGCGCUUGGAAUAAAGAGAACCGUUUUUGUAGCUGGGUGGAUCAGAAACUUAACAGUGAUGGACUGGAAGAAGCUCGGAACUGUGGGAAGCAACUCAAAGCGCUGAACUUCGAGUUUGAUCUUGUGUUCACAUCCAUCCUGAACCGGUCCAUCCACACAGCCUGGCUGAUCUUGGAAGAGCUGGGGCAGGAGUGGGUUCCUGUGGAAAGCUCCUGGCGUCUCAAUGAGCGUCACUAUGGAGCCUUGAUCGGUCUCAACAGGGAGGAAAUGGCUUUGAAUCACGGCGAGGAACAAGUGAGGCUGUGGAGAAGGAGCUACAGUGUGACCCCACCGCCCAUAGAGGAGUCCCAUCCUUACUACCACGAAAUCUACAACGACCGGAGAUAUAAAGUGUGCGACACUCCUUUGGAUCAGCUGCCACGAUCCGAGAGCUUAAAGGAUGUUCUGGAGAGACUCCUUCCUUAUUGGAAUGAAAGGAUUGCUCCUGAAGUAUUACGUGGUAAAACCAUUCUGAUAUCUGCUCAUGGAAAUAGCAGCCGGGCACUUCUGAAACAUCUGGAAGGUAUCUCAGAUGAAGACAUUAUCAACAUUACUCUUCCUACUGGAGUCCCCAUUCUCCUGGAACUGGAUGAGAACCUGCAUGCCGUUGGACCUCACCAGUUCCUGGGCGACCAAGAGGCUAUCCAAGCAGCCAUUAAGAAAGUAGAGGAUCAAGGAAAAGUGAAACGUGCUGACAAAUAAAAUCUUUCCCACGUGCUAGCUAGGGAUAGCUGCAGAAGGAGUGGUAUGCGGUGUGUCAUGGGUGCUGAUCUCGCUUUUUUUUUUUUUUUUCCUCCCCCGCUGAUUUUUCCUGAUUUUCCCAGAUCUAGGCUGUGGGGUAGAGUUUGUAUAAGUAACUAGGUAACUUAUGUUGGCCCAGAUAAAGGUUUUAGGAUGCCUGAGUGCUAAUGUCAUAAGCCUUAUGCGUUAGCCCCCCUGCCGCCCCAUUUGAAUUAGUCACUAAGUUAGUCACCAGUGGGGCUUAAUCAAUGUCAUAAGUUUCCGAGAUGGGGGAGCAACAAGUGGAGGUCAAGUUCAAGGUAUUCCUCAUUCAAUAAAUCAGUAUAGAGUGACCACUGACAGGCACUACUUACUCCAAUAAGUAGUUCACAUUUAUAUUUACUGAGACUUUCUAGGAUAAUAAAGGGUGUUAGAUAACACACUAUACUUAAGUAUUUAUUAUUAGUCUUUUCCUCUAGGGAGAGGGAUGCUUUGAUAGGUUAAAACCAGAGGCCCAUUAAAUGGGAGAGUCACAGAUGGAUUCCUCCAAGACAGCCAACAACAAACACCAAGGCCCUUUGCCUCAUGACAUUUGGUGGAAUUCCUCUCUGGCUGCUAGAAUUAGCAGCAUAUAGACAGCUAUAGCUGUUUGUGUUCUCUUUUUGUUUUAUUUUUGUUUUUUAAACUUUAAUUUUGGGGUCUUUAAAAUUAAUUUAAAAAUAAGUUCUGUGACUGAAAAUGGUACCAUCCCAAGAAUUUCCAUAUGAUUCAUAAAUAUUAAGUAUAGGCUGCUGAAUUAUUCUCUGCUCUUCCUAUAACACAAAGAGUUGUACUUAUUUCAACACAUAGACAUGCCUAAUUCUCUAAAAAUUGAAGGUCGGGUCGGGGGAAGGUAGAAUAUAGUGGGUGUAAUUUUAUUCACUUGAACAGGGGAAAUGGUAUAUUUGCACUUGUCACAUACAUUUGUUCUUUAUCUGCUGAGGGCAAAACAUUAUGGUACGUAGUCUAUAGUAUUCAGGGUAGGCCACAGACAGAAUUGACUGCUUAUCGAUCUUAAUGAUAUAGGAUGUUUUUAGAUGCUGGAGUUAGGUAAGUGAUCAUUUCUUUAAGCUACGGCCUUAUUUCAGAGCAAGUGACAUGUAUUUCAGUGAUAAAGUCAUGUAAACAAUUUACAACUAUAAAAGCUGUUACAGAUAUCACCAGUUUUUCAUGGUUUUCCAUUGGUGGAUUGGUUUAUUUGUAUCCAUUUUAUAGUAAAACUGUCAUUAGAAGGAAACUAAUUCUAAAACCCUUGCUACUGCUUGGUCUCUACUGAUCCUUAGAUCAAGACUUAGAGCAUCAGCUGAUGAAGAUGGCUGAAAAGAAGAAAUGAACCUGGUUUGCUCACAGCUGGCUGCAUCUGUGAUGCAUAAGGACAUGGAAUGUGGAUGCUUGACGUUCCUGACCAACUGCUGGCUUUUCUGCCGUAGUCCUUCUUUUCACAGUUCUGUUGCCUAACUAAAUAACACUGUUUAUAAUUCAGAGAUCAGGGCCAAGAAUACAACUACCAGAUCUUCCUAGAAUUCCAAACCUAUGGCUAAGCUUCAACUCAUACCAUUUUUGAACAGCUUUAUCUCUAGAAUUGGCGUCUGAAUUUUCCAGCCCAAGAAGUGACCAUGUCUUAACACACCUCAAGAGCCUAGAGUUGGAUUCUUCCCUUGUCCUACAUCUAGAUAUCCACCUCCAGUGGACACCUGGCAGCAUGAUGUGCUCCUGCACACAUUGCUGUGCUCACACCCAGUCACUUUGGAAUCUUAAAGACUUCCUAAGAGAGGGAUAAUUUUUGUUGACACUUUCUGGUACAAUUUGGUUUUUGAGAUCUUGGCUGAAAUAAGAGAUAUUUAUGAAAACUUGAUGUAAAAUUAUUUUUAACGACUCCAGCACUUCAACCUUGAGACCACCUAGUGAAUCUGUUUUCUUUGCAUGGCUUACAAGGGAUCCAGAAUUUUUGAUGUAGGUAUCUUGAAAUCUGCCUAACCUGCAUCCUCAUCUUGGCAUCCUUCUGUACCACGCUGAGGUGGGAUAAAAAAUGGGGAUUUUUUUAAAUUCAAAAAAUGAUAGGCAGCUUAUCCAGAAAUUUGGUCCUUGGAGAGGGCAGCCCAUCCUGCUACCAUGUUGGGCUUGCCCUGGAGCCAGUUAGACACGUCUCUUUUGCCCAGGCUGUAAUGAUUGUUUCAUGCAGGUCCAGUGUGGUAAGAUAAGAGCCAUAGCAAGAUGCUACUCCUAGAGUUUUAAUUUUUAAAUAUCUCAGAUGAGUAGUGUAUCCCAGUACACUCAGACUUUGUUUUUCUGAAAGAACAGAAAUUCUGCCUCAGAAAAUGGAAGUUCUUGCAUCAUCCAGUGCUAAUUUGAGCACUGAAUUAACAAAGCAUCCUCGGUUAGAGUACAUAAUGUCAUGUAUGUUUCCUUGAUAAGAUGUACGAGGCAAAUUUCUUAACGUGAUCUGGCUAAUUCCAAGCUCAGCCAGAUUCUUUUGCUCCAGAUUUGCAGACUAUUUCUCAUCUUGGGUCAUGACCACUUUUAUUAAAAUGCAGUUCCUCCAUGUGCACAUUAAUGGCAGUGGUUAUUUGUCUUCUGGCCUGGGAAGCCUCCCCAGGCUCUAUAGGUUUGUUGUGAAAAUGCUUUUUUUUGGUCAGUGUGUGAGCUGGUUAAAGCCAAUCCCCAGCGGACAGCAGUUGGCCAACUUGGUGGCCAGAAGCAGAAAUCCUCCUGAUCAUGAUGACGGUCUCAGGAAAGAGAAGUCAGAGGUCAUGUACAUUUCCCCCCAUUCCUACUAUGUAGUUACAGUUUUUUAUUUUUCUAGCUCCUUUGUGUUUAUGACAAAAUGGGGUAGGGGAACCAGCUUUACUAGACAGAAGAUUCAUCAUCCCCAGCAUCAUUUUUUUAACUUAUUUUUAUGCUUUUACAUAAAGUGGCAAGCCUCUUUUCAAAGUUCAACUUUCCUCUUACCUGGAAAGUCUUUCAUAUGUUCAGAUUGCCUCAACAUUGCAGACCCUGAUUGUUUCUCUUGUUUUUGUCUUCUGCAUGGUUGGAUUUUGCAAGUUUGGGGCUCACUUAUGUAACACUAUUCGUUGUAUUAAAUCAUGCCUGGCCUCUCAAAAGAUCUGGCUGUGGCAGAUGCCAUGUUAUACUGUAGCCUGAUGGUUUCCACAUCGGUCUGUGAGGGGACUUUGAUCCCAAGGGGAAUAUGAAACAUCCAUACUAUAAAAAUAUUUUAAUCAUACAAUCUCCCUCUAGUGACAAAGCUAUUUGGCAAAAUGAUAGGCAGAAUUUAAGUCAAUCUUUUUCCACAAUUGGUGAAGUUUUAUUUAUUGGAGGAUAAUCUAGCUAUGUAGACUAGCCUUUAAAGACAUGAUUCUUAAGUCCAAAAAAAAAUGAAAGUUCCUUAGAGAAUUUUUUAAAGAUAAGCUAGAUUGUCAUCAAUACUUCCUAUUUUCACAUAAUAGAGCCACAUCUUAUUUGCCGUUUAUUUGAGUUGGGGCUAGCCAUUUAAGCUUACGCUUACUCUGAUUUGACAGGAAUAUAUUUUUUAAAAUCUUUUUAUUUAUAAAAAAUUUUAAACAUCCACAAAAGCUGAGAGUAUAAAUAACACAAAGAGCACUCACCCAUCAGCCACUAUCACCUCAUUAACCAUUAUGUGUAUCUUCUCACACUGUCCACUGGAUUGCUUUGAAACAAAUGCCAAACAUCAAACAGGAUAAAUUUUGAAAAGGAAAACACCUCAAAUAGUCUUCAACCAAUUAAAGCAGAAGCCACAGUAAUCUGUUCUAAAUUUGUCCUCGUUGGUCCUCUCAAGAAACAGCCAUUGCUAAGUUGUCCAAUUCGAGUCCUAUAUAUAGGUGCAUUAUCUCUUGUUGCUGUUUAAAGAGCUGUUAGUCUGUUCUGUGUGACUUCUGUGGGAUAAUGUGGCAUGAUAUGGUACCGCUGAUGUUAAAUUCAAGUGUUUAAAGAUGAAAAUGUUCCUGAGACUGUUUGUAGGAUGUAAUUCUGAAUCUCAUAGAUUUAAAAAAUUGAACAAAUUUGUUGAUGUCAUUGUAAAUUAGGUUACAAUGGGAGAAGGGAGAUAGAAAGUGGAGGAAGAUAAAGAUAGAAAGUGGAGGAAGAUAAAGAAGACCCCCGUGUUACUAGUUUUGAGCUGGAGAUACCUGUAGGAAUGUGUGUGCAUUUUCCUCUCUCUUCCCAACGCCACCCCACCUUUCCCCCACCCCACCCCCCAACCCCAGCUCUGGCUUUGUGCUCUGAAAGGGCCUAGAAGCCAUAACCUAGUAAUAGUGAGCACACGUAGUUCCCUUGAUCUUGUUUUCUAAAUACUGUUCCACAGACCCAGGCAUGUUUGGGAAAAUCGUUGAUUCCAGGUCGGAAGCAGAUAAAGUAUAAGGUGAGCUUAGAACAUCUUGAGUCAGAAAAGAAAAAAAUGCCCAAAGACUGGUAGGACACAAAAAUUGGCUUCAAAUGCCAAAUCUGGGAUUGAGAUGAAAGAAAAGAAUAACAAUAAUGGAUUAGAGAACAUUUGUCUCAGUCUGGUCAGGCUGUUGUGACAAAACACCCCAGACUGGGUGGCUUUAAAUAACAAAUGUUUCUCACAGUUCUGGAGGCUGGGAAGUCCAAGAUCCAGGCACUGACAGAUUUAGUGUCUGAUAAGAACCCUCUUUCUGGUGCUCAGAAAGAUGCCUUCUCGCUGUGUCCUCACGUGGUAAAGAGGGAGGGGGCUCUGGUCUCUUGCUCUUAAAAGGACCCUGUUCUCAUCAUGAAGGAUCCACCCUCACGACCUCAUCUAAAUCUGCUCGCCUCCCAAAGGCCCCACCUCCAAAUACCAUCACACCCGGGAUUAGGCUUUUAACAUUUGAACCUUAAUUUGAUAUUUUAAUUAAAAGUUACAAAGGAUAUUUUGGGGGCCUGAAAAAUUUAAGGGUGAGGUGUCAUUAUGUCUGCAGCUCACAUUAAAAUGUUUGAGCCAACACGAUUGCUCCUAUAUAUUUAAAGAGACGCAGAAAGCAAGUAUAGUAAAUGUUAUAAUUGAUGAGGAAAGAGUUAAUAAUGUACUAUUCUUCCAGCUUUUCUGUAGGUUUGACAUUUUCCAGAAUAAAACCCCCCCAAAUAAAGUGACAGGAGAAAAAAAAUUGACAAAGAAGCAACUAAAACAACCUUGUAUUAAGUACAGUCACUAAAACAUGUUUUGCUAUAUGCAGUGACUGGAGAAAGGUGCCUGGUUUCUAUACUUUUUAUUCUUGAAAUCUCAGUUUUUGUUAGUAAAGGAAAAACUUCUUUAGUCUGUAUUGUCAAGAAACAAGUUGUACACUCAUUUUUUUCUACUAGGUCUAGUGCUACAGUUAUAUAUCAGACAAUUAGCUUCUCUGCUAAUACAAGUCAAAAAUAGGAUUAUGACUGCCAUCACCUUGUAGCUGAACAAAUAGAAUUUCUCCUGAUACAAAACCUUCUACUUUAAUCUUUUAGUACUUUAGGAUGGCAUCCCUUUUUAAUGCCACCGUUUGGCUCCUAAACUCUACUUAAUCUCUGGGCCUCCGUUUCCUUUGAUUUUAGCUCCCUGCAGCGGCUACCUCCCGUGUCCCUUGUGUCACUCAGCUCAGUGUCAUCGCCCAGCUUGAAUCCAUGUGACCUCAAAGCAGCCAUGAUUUCUACUGCUGCUCCAUGCUUCCUUCUACUAAGACUGCUGAGGGUCAAUAGCCUGUAAUGAAUGCUUCUCCUUGCCCAAAGCAGAAGUCACAUAGGUUCUGUUGGCACUAAAGAUUGGCCUUUUAUUUAUGUUGUGGUUGACCACUUAAGCCUGAAGUCUAUUCUUACUUUAAAAACAACGUUCACGAAAACGAUCCUGUUUUCAUGAAGGAAACUCUACCUUUUCAAGACAGCUUCAUUUAAUUCUCUGCAAAGCCAAGUUCUCAAAAACUUCAGCAUAGACCAGAAUGUGACAUAAGCUUGUCUCCAAACAGCCAGUGCCUCAUUUCCAGUCUGCAAAAAACAGAUGCCAUUUGACAGCAACUGCAGCCGAAGGAGCUAUUUUUUUUUCUUUUUAUAAAUGUAUUUAUUUAUUUUGGCUGUGUUGGGUCUUCGUUGCUGUGCGUGGGCUUUCUCUAGCUGCGGUGAGCGGGGGCUACACUUCGUUGCGGUGCGCGGGCUUCUCAAUGCGGUGGCUUCUUUGUUGCAGAGCACAGUCUCUAGGCGUGCGGGCUUCAGUAGUUGUGGGCCAUGGGCUCUGGAGUGCAGGCUCAGUAGUUGUGGUGCAUGGGCUUAGUUGCUCCGUGGCAUGUGGGAUCUUCCCGGACCACGGCUCAAACCCGUGUCCCCUGCAUUGGCAGGCGGAUUCUUAACCACUGCACCACCAGGGAAGUCCAGAAGGAGCUAUUUUGCUGCAGAGAGUUUACUCAAGAAUUUCUCUUGAAUUCACUCUAGCCACACAGAUACUGAAAAGGGCACAUCCACCAACCACACUGUCCUGCAUCCACUCGAGGGGAAUCUUCAUUUGAUGUAAUGCUGACCUAGGUGGGGAUUAAGACACAGCUGGAGUUUGUAUCGGUCAAAUUAAUUGCAUAAAAAUCUACUCUUUUAGUGAGAAGACUCUUUGGAGUAGUUAAACCUGGACCUUGGAGCAGAGAGGGCCAAGACCAUCACAUAGUUACACACCCAUGAUUGAGACCAAAUCCAUUCUGACACUUACUCUAUAGAACAUUCACUAGAGUUCUGGCAGCCACUAGCCAUCGGUAUAGUAAAAUACUAGUCAGUAUUUCUGUUUCUGAAGCACCCCAGGAUUCUGAAUUGGAUUGCAGGGAACAUUAUUUGUAGCUGGAAUUCCAGGUACUCUCCUAAGAGUCUUGGUGUUUUACCUUUAUUUUUAAUCUUUAUUUCCGCACCUAGACACUGGAGGUCAGUAUUUAUUCAUAAAUGCCUCUGGGUUUGACUGCAAACCUAGCUCUGGCUAUUUACAAAAGGUCAUGUCUAAAGAGUCCUGGAAUUGAUUGUGGGAUUUCCUUCUCUGAUUAUGUAACUACAGAGCUCAGCCUAGGUAAACAUAAAGUGUAAAUAUAAACAUCGUGGAUCCCCAUGGGGUUGUAACCUGGGAAAGAUGCAGACAGUUUUCAAUCUAAAAUACAAACUAAUACCAAGUCCUUGUUGGUUUCUGGAGAUUUGUCUGGCCACGUUGUUCCCACGGAUGCACUCAGAUGUUUGGCAGGACUUGGCCAUCACCCUUGACCUUCCUUCUUCUGAUUACUUAUUGAGUCCUGCUGGUUCUCCUCAUACCUUUCAAAUUCACCUCCUCUCUGUCCCCAUUGCUCAGGCCUUGAGUCACAUCCUCAUCUUUUCUCUCUUUAAACAUUUCAACAGUCUUCUAGACGAUCUUCCUGCCUCCGCUUUUACUCUUCUCCAAUCCUCUCCAAGAUUUGUCAGGGUGACUUUUCACAAGGUCUACCACACAGAAC